GAUGUGAUGUCAUGUGAUGUGCUGCUGUGCCGUUUAUACAUGAUGUUGAUGUUGAUACUGGUACGUUAUGCAGAUAGACGCCCAUGCCAUGCCAUGCUUAUAUGCAUUGCAUGGGUGUAUAAUGGAUGUGUUUUUGCCACGGUGCGGGUCGAGGAGGGACGGAGGGAGGGACCGGAAGGUGGAGAAUGAUUAUGAUACUUGUUCCUUGGAUUUGAUGUUUGGAAUUUGGAGAUUGUUUUUUGUGAUUACUGUCUUUCUUUGGCUUUGGUUUGGUUUUGACUUGGUUUUGAUUUGGUUUUGUGGUGAGUUAGUUGUGAGUUAGUUGUUGUACUUUGGAUUCUCGGAACGGGUUACUGGAUUCGGUGUGUGUGUGUGAGAGAGCGAGAGAGAGAGAGAGAGAAAGGUAUGCUGUGUGCUCUUUGCGAUAGUAUUAAUGUGACCGAUCUUAUUCUCCUGGCGAAAGCAAAUACCGGCGUAUCCAAAGCCGAUGAAAAGAAAUGGAAACAUCACUCUACAUACGAUGAUAUCGUGGCCGCGGCUCGCGCAGGCUGCGAGUUGUGCAAAUUGCUCGUGGCGUCUUUGGAUAGGGGACUGCAGAGGCCGCCGUGGCAUGAAGUGAAGUACAAGGAAGUGUUGUUGGAGAGCGAGAGAGAGGGCUUAUCGACGGGCUUUCGCGUUGAGAUUAGAGGAAAUGAGAGUGUUGUCCCGGAGAAAAAUGGGAGUGAGAUUUUGAAUGCGGUUUGUUUUGGUUUUGGGGAGCACGAUGAUGUGCCGUUGAUGUUGUCGCUGCAGGCACCUAGAGAUAGAAUUAGAGUCGUCGAGGGGUUUCAAAUUGGUCAUUAUACUAUUGAUCCUGAUCUUGGAUCGGAGACCAAUUGCAAAAUUGCUAGAGAUUGGUUAAAGACUUGUGAUGAGAGGCAUUACGAAUGUCCUUUGGUCGAGGAUAAAGAAUUGCCAUCAAGAGUCAUUCAUGUUGGUUCGGACGAUCGGGAUCCUUAUAUACUUCCGACAAAUGGGAAGUUUGGUAAAUAUAUAGCCUUGAGUCAUUGCUGGGGUGGCCACAUCAGCAUUGCCUUAACCACGCAAACUCUUGAAGAGUUCAAGGGCAAAAUUUCAAUGGCUCGAUUACCAGCCAAUUUUCGAGAUGCGGUUUUGCUUACCCGUAGACUCGGGUUCGAAUACUUAUGGAUUGACUGCUUAUGCAUCAUGCAAGACUCCCUGGAAGAUUGGGAAAUCGAAUCUAAACACAUGGGCCAAGUCUAUCACGAUGCCAUAUUUACGAUUGCAGCCUCGACGGCUUCAAAAUCUACAGAUGGCAUCUUACAUACCUUCACGGACUACGAGCUUAGCGGAAUUAGCAUUAGUCUCAAGCUAUCAAAAGAUGGCAAACCUGAAGACCACGUCGAUAUGGUUCUUCCAAACAUCAAGCGAGAAAAUCUCGGCGAUUUACUGCGUGAUGAACCACUCGCCGCACGAGGAUGGACAUUGCAAGAAGAGGUAUUAUCAGCUCGUACAUUGUUUUACGGUCAUCAACAAAUCUACUGGCAAUGCUUACACAACUACGAAGCUGCGGAUGGUUUACGUCCAUGGAAAGUUGUCAAUCAACGAGCAUUUCGUUACGAUCAAAUCAAAGACCGCAUACAUCUACCUCAAGGGCUCCAAAACCCCGAUACGGUCAAAAGUCGAUAUGUUUACGAGCGCAAGAAUACAACGAAAGAAUUCCAUGAUUCUCAAACAUGCAGGAAACUCAUCGAAGAGUAUCACAAACAGAUGGUGGUUGACUAUUGUUCACGAAACCUCACACGUACUUCAGAUAAAUUCAUCGCCUUUUCUGGUAUCGUAACACUAGUGCGGGACGUUCUCUGGGCACAUGGGUUUCCAAACUCCUUGUACAUUGCUGGAAUCUGGAGUAGUCAUUUUCGACAAGGAUUAAUAUGGUAUUACAAAGAUGAUGUGAGUCCAUCAAUUCAACGCGCACCUUCAUGGUCGUGGGCGACUACCAACGGCAAAAUCGCAUUCAAUCAAACGGCUUUCAAUGCCGACUUUACAAAUACGGACAUUGACCCGCUUCUCAUAUCCCACGAUGUGAAACUCGCUGGCCAGAACCCGUUUGGAGAAAUCAAAAUGGCCUCGAUAGUUGUUUCUGGGAGUACAAUGAUAAUGCGAGGCGUGGAUGACAUCAUAACGAACCAAAAAAGUAAACCUUCUGGGUAUAUACACUGGGAUGUACAAAGGAACGGAAGAGGACGACGGAAAACAGCAUUUUAUACAUGUCGGCUAGGGAAAUCAUCCAUGUUUCUUUACAAUCCACACCCGCGGGAAUCAGAUCUAGCAGACAGGACAGGACCGAGCGAGAGUAACAUGGAACCGAAUAAGAUAUACAAGGCGAAUAAUGUACGAUACAAGGUUCUUUUUAUUGCGAAGCAGGGACGUCAGGCACAUGGUUUGGUAUUGAAACUCGUGGCUGGUAAUGUGGGUGAUGAGAAUAGAGAUGGGAAUGAGAUGCCAAAUGCUGAAGUUGGAGCUGCAGAUCCAGACGGCAGUAGAAGUCAUGCCGCAGACACUAAUGUGCAAAUGAAAACCUAUCGGCGAGUAGGCUAUAUCUGGCUCUCUGAGAAGCACGCAAAUGGGAAUCGGUAUUUUGAUUCGUAUAAAUGGGCGGAGUACGAAGGAUGGGAAAGGGAAACUCUUGAUCUAAUCUAAUUGAGAUAAAAAGCUGUAAACUUGUAUAUUUCUUCCUAUGAACGGAGAAUAUCAAUUCACAUUUUGGUAAUCAAAUGCAGCUAUCUGUCAUGGACAUGUUUACCUGUACUUACACCAGAGCAUCUCAAUGGAUGAAUUGCAAUGGGCGUGGUAACCUACCA